CAACGUUUAGCACAAAAGGGUAAUAAAGUUCAGUUUUGAUUUGUAUUCAUCAGUUCAUGCGUUGUUGAGUUAGAUAGCUUAAAUUCGGGAAUAUAAUGAUGGCAUUGGGUGAUAUACGGAUAUUCAAUGAAGAGCAUAUUGAAAAUAGGAGAAAUUUCAUUGGCAAUGGUGGGAUGGGUAUCGUCGGUCUGGGACGGUGGAAAAUAUCGGAUAAAAAUGAUGGAAUUCAAUCUGGUUACCCUGUGGCAAUCAAGAGACUGGAAAUUGCAAGCGGCAUCGAUACCAUAAAACAAGAAGCGAAAAUGUUAUGGAAACUUCACGAAGACUGUAACUACGUAUUAAAAAUGUAUGGGCUCAUGCAGUCUGAAUUCGGCAUUUGCUUGGUUCUGGAAUACAUGAAAUUUGGAAAUAUUUCAGAUUUCUUUUCUUAUGUACAAACAGGCUGUGGGAGGAACGAUACAGCCACAAGGGAAAACCUGUGGCCGUUAAAACUUCGAAUUGUUGAGCAGGUUUCCCGUGGAAUGGAAUUUUUACACAGUCGAAAAAUUAUUCAUUGUGACCUGAAGGCUGCAAAUGUAUUAUUAAAUCAAGACGUUGACGUAAAGAUAUGUGACUUCGGUUUGGCGAAAAUGAAACUAUUGACUACGAGGCCUUCGUCGAACCCAGAAGGUCGCAAAGGUGGAAAGUUAAACAACAACCCUGCAGGCACGGUAUCUCACGUGGCACCAGAACUUUUAGAAGUAAACAAGAGUCCAACUAGAAGCUCAGAUGUUUACAGUUUUGGAGUUUUUAUCUGGGAAAUACUGACCGACAAAAUUCCAUAUAGUGGUGUCAGAAGCGGUGACGUUAUAAUAAACGACGUGCAAAAGGGGAAAAGACCAGAUUUAUCAUUAGUUCCUUCUGAUAGUCCUGAUAUUCUAGUCUCAACAAUGAAACUAGCGUGGCAACAGGACGCAAACAUACGCCCGAAAUUCAGUGAUAUCUAUCGACUGUUUCAAGAUUUUAAUGCCAAUAUUGCACGUCAGAUUGAAGAUUCAAAAGAAUUUGCCAUCCAAGCGUGGCAUAAAGGAAAAUUUCCAAGUGAAACAGUACCUAAACAGAUCGAUUCCAGGCCAUCGAACCUACGAACAAAUUCGGAACCGUUCAGUUCUGCAGUACCUUAUAGAAUAUUACAACAACAACAACCAAUACUACCACAAGCUUCUCCACUUCUUACAUCACUUCGUGCUGAUGAACUGUGCAUCAGUAGUGGUUUUGAUAGUCACCAAAGAACAGAUUCUACUACGUCGCUUUUAAAUGAAGAACACCAUACUGAUUAUGCCAAGCGCUGUGCAUCGCCUGAUGUCGAUUUACCGCAGCCCGAGAUUCACCGAGGAAGGUGUAGUUGUAUGAAAUCACCACCAUUUACACACAUCUUCAUCGGUAUUAUAUUUGCAUCCGCGACAUUCACAAUAAUGCAUUUUGUGCAACCCAAUCAAUUUGAGAGAGGAUGUUGUCUUAAUUGCUUCAAUUCACCAAACUCAAAGUUGAGGAGUAAUUGUUCAUCUGUAAAAUUGAAGGGAGACAUAGCACCUCCUGAUACAUUCUGUACGUUUAAUUGUUCUGAUGGUGCUGUGCUGAAUGUAAACUCGACAGCAUUGAGGUGCAACAAAGAUGGAAUAUGGUCCGGGCCUCUACCAUUUUGCAGAAAAAUUCGACAAUGUUCCACCUUGACACCUCCUGCAAAUGGUGGAUCUGUACAAUGCACUAACGGAAAUUACGAAAAUUCUAAAUGCACUUUCGAAUGUCCUGAAGGGUUCAAAAUGAAAUUCACAGGAACUGAUCAAUCUCCCACUGUAACAUGCCAAGUUGAUUCAAUCUCAAACUUUUAUUGGUCUGGACAAGAACCAUAUUGCGAAAAAGUGGUUCAAUGUGGUCAGCCAACAACAGACGGCGACGUCGUUGUCACCUGUAACACACCAAAGACUAGUCUAUAUUAUCGAGAUACAAACAAAUGGCAAGAUACAACGUAUCCUAAUGGUACAACAUGCAAGUUUUCAUGCGAGAAUGCAAUGUCACUUGACGCAAAUGAAACGUAUGGUCUUUGUCAGGACAAUGGUGAUUGGAACAUGACUUCAGAAAUAAAAUGCAUCGAAGGAUGUCCAUAUUUCGCUGAUCCACCAAAAAGUACUCACACAUGCACGAUAGGUCGCCUUGAAAACAGCCGUUGCACUUUCAAGUGUGAUGACAAUUUUACUAUGGUGGGUUCAAACAACAUGGUUUGUCAUUCUGGAAAGUGGAUUAAUCCUCCUCCAAGAUGUCAAUGUCCUUCGUGUAGAUCAGGGAAGAAUUGUGAAAACACUGUCAACUUUACUGAGUCUUGGCAGCAAAUGAAUGCAACAAUGAAAGUGGUGUAUGAUGGUCAUCUAAUAAUAUGUGCAGAUAUGGACAAGGUUUUUACGAAGAAAAAGAAGAGAUCAAAUACAAUGUAUGGAUGCCAAUGUAGAGAUAGGGUUUCAAAUACUAACAAACAGUGCAACGAUCCUGAAAGUCCGUCGCAGGCAUGCAAGAAAGCAUUUGCAACCUUGAUUUUGAUUAUGUCUUUCAAUGAAACUCUCACUUUGCCUUGUGACGCCGAAAGCAUGCCUCUUGCUUGCAAAUACAAAUAAAUAGGUUGCUGUUGGAUAGCACUGAUGGGAGUUUCCGAAAUUAAAAAAGGCGAUAUAUUUGUCCGCCUUAA